GCCGCCCGGCCGCUGUCCGCCGCUGGCCUGCCCGGGAGCCGGAGGAGUUUAGCGGACCUGAGUGUGAGACGGACCGAAGGCUGUGUUCAUCUUGGGGUGAAGACCAGCGGCCGAGCCAGUGCAUGUCACCUAGAGGCCUGCGGGCUGCCUACGUCCCACCUCCCCGCCAUGGGCUGUCCAGGCUGCGCUCAUCUCUUGCAGACCAGCUGAUUCCCGGGGACGGCAGCUGCUGUGAUCUGAGGGAGACCAUGUCCAAGCACCCUGACUGCCUGCUGCGGCUGUUCUGGGGUACCCCCAGGCAGCGGGUCUGCACCCUCUUAAUCAUCAGCUUCAAGUUCACAUUCUUCAUCUCCGUCAUGAUCUACUGGCACACUGUGGGAGAACCCAAGGUCCAGGGGCGAUUAUAUAACCUGCCCGUGGACAUCCCCUGCCCCCCUUUAGCCCUUCCUAGCCUGCCUUCCAGUGCCCCUACCCCAGGCCACAUCUUCUUCCUAGAGACAUCGGACAGGACCAACCCCAACUUCCUGUUCAUGUGCUCCGUGGAGUCGGCCGCCCGGGCUCACCCUGAGUCCCAGGUGGUGGUGCUGAUGAAGGGGCUGCCCAGAGGCAGUGCGCCCCGCCCCCGGAACUUGGGCAUCUCGCUCCUGAGUUGCUUCCCCAAUGUCCACAUAGAGCCCCUGGACCUGGAGGAGCUGUUUCGGGACACGCCGCUGGCGGCCUGGUACGGGGAGGCGCGGCAGGGCUGGGAGCCCUACUGGCUGCCCGUCCUCUCUGACGCCUCCAGGAUUGCUGUCCUCUGGAAGUUCGGUGGCAUCUACCUGGACACGGACUUCAUUGUCCUCAAGGACCUGAGAAACCUGACCAACGCGCUGGGCAUCCAGUCCCGCUACGUCCUCAACGGUGCCUUUCUGGCCUUCGAACGGCAACACGAGUUCAUGGCCCUGUGCAUGCGUGACUUUGUGACCCACUACAACGGCUGGAUUUGGGGUCACCAGGGCCCCCAGCUGCUCACUCGUGUCUUCAAGAAGUGGUGCUCCAUCCACAGCCUGAAGGAGACCCAUAGCUGCCGUGGAGUCACGGCCCUGCCCCGUGAAGCCUUCUACCCCAUCCCCUGGCAGAACUGGAAGAGGUACUUUGAGGACAUCAGCCCGGAGGUGCUGGGCCAGCUGCUCAAUGCCACCUACGCUGUCCACGUGUGGAACAAGAAGAGCCAGGGUACACGCUUUGAGGCCACGUCCAGGGUGCUGCUGGCCCAGCUGUAUGCCCACUACUGCCCCACGACACAUGAGGCCAUGAAAAUGUAUGUGUGAAGGGCCUGCCAGGCUGCCUCCCCAGCGCGUCAGCUCUGUGCUGUCUUUCCCGGGGGAGGUGAGAAGGGCAGGCAGGAGAGCAGGGCAGAACCACAGUGGGCAGGCUCGAGAGAGACAGCAGCCAUGCCAGGGAGUGCCCGCCACCUCUGGCCACCUGUCCCUCCAGGCCAGAAUAAGGUGUGCACACGCUUGGCCAGUGCCUUAGGCUGGCAAGUGCUUCCAGAAUCAGGAGCCUCCCAGCCCUUCACAGCAGGCAAGAACAUGGGUGCACCUUCCAGGGCACCCAGAAACCAGGAGGUGAGGGCCUGAGGGGCCAGGGAGACUUGGGCAGAGGUGUUAAGGAGUGCAGGGCUCCCAGGCAAUGGAGCAGAGUGGACAUCAAGCCAACCUCAUGUGUCCCCAAAGAAGGGGCUGAGCAGAGCAGAGGCCCCCCCAGAACCAGCUGGAGACCCCCCAUCCUUCCUCUCCUCGCCCCAGGAUGCUGCUUGCCAGUGGCCCAUUCUCACGGUGCAGGGGUGUGGAAGUUCUUUGGACUCAGGAAGGAAAGUUUAACCCCGUCUUCCUGUUACAGACUCUGGAGGCGGCAAUAAACUGACUCACCGAUGUCUAGUGCUGUGUGGUGGGUGACAGUGUGCACAGUGCCAUCCUGCAGACAGGGAGGCUGCUGGGCAAGAGAUGACCAUUUCACAAGAGCCCCACACCCCACCUGGACAGGAAGGGCUUAGGAACCGUGCGGCUGGCCGACCUGUCCCUUGGAAGUGAGGAGCCUGUAUUGAUUCCCAUCUCACUCUCGAAAGCUCGCAAACAGCCAACGCCACUUCCCACCACACACACACUUCUUAUUGAGCCUGAAUCUGUUUUAACCUAAAUGAAGUUUAAUGAGGCCACCAAAGCCGGGAGAACGGUGGGCCACUGUCAGGCCUGUGUGGGGCUGGGUCAGGGGAACAUCUCUACAGGUCAAGUCCUCAGCUGGCUCCCAGGCUGGGCGUGCCCACAGAGUUGGAGGCCAAGAAUGCUGCCAGGAACUCUGGGCUGCUCUGGGCAGCUGAUGGGGGAGGGCUUGUCGGCCUCUGAGCUCUGCCUGCAGACUGGCUGGGGCAGCUUGGUAAAGAGGUGAGCCAGGGGGUAUUCAAAAGCGGGUGAGGUUUUUGUUUUUAAGACAAUGGGUCAGAAGGCAAUUAUUAUUUCUCAAAUCAUCACAAUAUACUUUCAUCUGUUUUGGGGGGACAAGGAUUGAGGUAGAGUCUCACUGUAACCCAGGCUGGCCUUGAACUCACAGCGAUCCUCCUACCUCUGCCUCCCAAGUGCUGGGAUUAAAGGUGUGCGCCACC